AUGUCGACGGAACGGCGAAAAAAAACUCUAAAGCUGCGCCAACGCAGCAUACUCACAUCUUUCAACCUUAUUAAAACCUUCGUGGACAGCUACGAUGAAACCAGGGAUGUUGCAGAAGUGCCGGUGCGCCUUGAAAAUCUUGUUUCAUUGUGGACAGAUUUCAGCAAAAUCCAGUGCGAAUUGGAAUCGCUGGAUGAAGCUAACCUCGACGAUCAACUCAAACAACGUGCCGAUAUAGAAUCCCAAUAUUAUAAAGUUAAAGGCUUUCUGCUUGCCGUUAAUAAAUCGCCAUCUACACCGAGCGUAACGCCUUCAAAUAUUUCAACCGCUCAAUACCCUCCAUCGAAUUCGCACAUUCGCCUACCAGAUGUAAAGCUACCUAUAUUUAGCGGCAGUCUCGAUAGCUGGCUAAACUUUCACGAUUUAUACAUCUCGCUGGUUCAUUCGUCACAGGAUUUGUCCAACAUUCAAAAGUUUUAUCAUCUUCGCUCGUCUCUUGCCGGUGAUGCCUUGAAGCUAAUCCAAACCAUUCCGCUCAGUGCAAACAACUAUCCGGUCGCAUGGAAUCUGUUAGUUGAGCACUUUCAGAACACAGCCAGAUUGAAACAAUCAUAUGUCGAUGCACUUUUCGAAUUUUCUCCGCUUAAGCGUGAAUCGGCGACUGAGCUCGAUUCGUUAGUUGAGAAGUUUGAGGCGAACGUUAAGAUACUUCAACAGCUAGGUGAAAAAACAGAAUUUUGGGACGUUUUGCUGAUACGCAUGCUUAGCACACGGCUUGACCCAACGACUAGACGGGAUUGGGAAGAGCACUCUUCCACUCGUGACACGGUUUCGUUUCCCGAUCUCACAACGUUCAUUCAAAGAAGGGUUACAGUCCUGCAAACCAUUAUCGGAAAUACAACCGAGGCUUCUUCAAAUGCUUUUCUCAAAAGGCAACCAGCUUCCCGUCCAUUUGCGAGCCAUGGGGCUACCCAAUUCCAGUCUCGAAAGUGUAGCGUUUGUUCGGAACAACAUCCCUUAUACAUGUGCGCUAAAUUUGCGAAAAUGGAUAUUCAAGAGAAGGAAAAGGAAGUGCGUCGGCUACAACUUUGUCGAAACUGUCUGCGCACGAGUCAUGUCGGAAAGGAUUGUUCCUCAUUUAGUUCAUGUAAAAGAUGUCAAGGUAGACAUCACACGCAAUUAUGCCAAAAUCAAGCUCGAGUCUUGCCAAGUAAGUCGUCGAAUGUGUCUGCUCAAAUUCCGUCGUCUUCAAGUCAGCAAGGUGAGCUGCCACCUAUAUCGUUUUCUGCCAUCCAGCCGCAACCGACUACUCAUGCUUCGGCUACACGAAAGCGAACGAGUGUUUUGCUUGCCACUGCCGUGGUGAUUGUGAUCGACGAUAAUGGAACGCGGCACGCUGCACGUGCACUUUUGGAUUCCGGAAGUGAAUGCUGUUUCGCAACUGAAUCAUUUUCGCAACUGAUCAAGGUUCAGCGUAAGAAAAUUACCAUCCCGAUUGCUGGUAUUGGCCAAUCUGCAACUCAGACUAAAGGAAAAUUUUCGUCACUAGUCUGCUCUUGUAUUACCGAUUAUUCUGCUACUGUCGAAUUUCUCGUACUCCCAAAGGUUACUGUCGAUCUUCCAGCAACUUCUGUUAACAUGUCAGCAUGUAAAAUCCCAGCUGAUGUGCAACUAGCGGAUCCCGCAUUCUUCAAAUCAAACCCGAUCGAUCUGAUUCUCGGUGCUGAAAUAUUCUUUGAACUCUUUAGAGUGCCUGGUAGAAUUGCCCUCGGCGACGACCUACCAACAUUAGUAAAUUCCGUUUUCGGUUGGGUAGUCACAGGAAAAAAUCUUCAUUGCUCCUCCCAAUCUCCAAUAAUCGCAAAUGUCGCCUCUGUCACCGAUGUGCAUCAGCUAAUGGAAAGAUUUUGGAAGAUUGAGGAAGAUAGCACGGAACCGUGUUAUUCUCUUGAAGAAGCUGCAUGCGAGGAGUACUUUCGACGGACAGUAACUCGUACUACCGAAGGGCGAUAUAAGGUUCGUUUGCCACUGAAGAAAACCGUACUGGAAACUCUUGGUGAUAAUCGCAAAACUGCUAUCCGCCGAUUCCAUUUACUUGAAAACCGACUCCAGCGAAACCCAACGCUCUGCAAACAGUAUAGUGAUUUCAUGCGCGAAUAUGAAGAUUUAGACCAUAUGCAACGUGUUACACACGACGAUUCAAGACACUCGACCAUCUACCUCAUCAUGCGGUUAUAA